AUGCUCAAAGCAAAUACAACUACAACAACAACAACAACAAGAGAUUAUAUUACCGACGGUGGCGACGAACUAGUUCAACAACAUCUAAACCGAAAAUUACAGUCUAUUCAUCGAUUCAUUACAAACUUGAUUCUUUUUAUGACAAGUUAUCUAUUUAAUUUAUUAUCACCUAAAUACUAUUACAGCAAUCAACAACAACAACAACAACAACAACAACAAUAUACAAAGAAAAAAUCACAUCCACCAGAUUAUUAUCAUUACUAUACUGAACCAACAACAGCAACAACAAUAACACAAGAAGAACAAAUAAUGACCAAACAAAACAAAGAGUUUUAUGAAAAGGUGACAGCUUCACCUGUCAUCAUAGAGACAGAGGUUGAGUGCAACAAGAAACAUUUUGUUCUAGCUCUCUAUCCUUUGGCUUUGGUCAUGUCUGUUAGAGAUAAAAAGUCAUCUACCUCUGCUACCGCUACCAAUAGUCCACCAACUCCACCUUCAUAUAUCAAGAUGAUCCAUUCUUCAGCCAUUACUGGUACUACAUUGGAUGGUAUUGUUUCUACACGCGUCUCAUUACAUACAUGUGUCAACACUGGUGAUGAAAAGCGUGAGGUUAGAACUCGAAAGACACUGGUGUUGCAGUUUGGCAAUGCCGACGCUGCCAAGUCAUUUAUUGACGGAGUCGACUCGUUGCUCAACGCAUUGCCAUCGGGACAUCCAAAGAACCGUAGUGUGCGUGUCAUCCUCAACCCCAAGUCUGGUAAACGUCUUGCAGAGACUAUAUUCAAAGAGGUCGAACUCUUGUUUAAAGACUCCAAGAUGAAGGUUAAAAAGACCAUUACCAAGGGUCCAGAACACGCCAAACAAAUCGGUUAUAAAUUCAAACUCAACAAAUACGAUACCAUAGUAUUUGUCAGUGGUGACGGUUUGUUCCACGAGUUUAUCAAUGGUCUGUUGGCACGUGACGAUUGGGAAGAAGCCAGAAAGGUAAGAUUGUCUCUGAUUCCAGCUGGUACUGGUAAUGGCAUUGCAUGCUCGCUUGGAUUGGGUGAUCCCAUGUCGUCGGCUUUGGCCUGCGUGCGUGGUGGAUCGCGUCCAUUGGACGUGUCGGUCAUCAAGCAAGAUGACCAACAUAAAUGGGCAUCCAUUCUCUCACUCACCUGGGGUCUUGUCAGCGACGUCGAUAUAGAGUCGGAAAGAUUCCGUUCGUUGGGUGCUCUCAGAUUACAGUUGGGUGCUGCCAUACGUAUCCUCAACCUACGUGUAUACAAAGGAAAGAUAUCCUACCUUCCUGCACUCGACACUCAAAAACAAGAUUUGGCAAAGAUUCCAAAAUGUACUCCCUCUUGUGAUGUUUGCAAGAGUAGCGAUAGUGUUGAAACAAUGAAAAAUAUGUUAUCAAAUAGUCAACAAUCAAUUGUAAAUGGAAAUAAUAAUCAAAAUCAAAAUAAUCAAAUCAGUAAUGGUCAUCAUGAUGAAUCAAAUAAUAACAAUAUUAAUAAUUUAAAUUUAAGUAAUACCAAUGGUAAUCAUAAUAUAUCAGUUGAUUCAACUUCAACUACUACUACCACAACAACAACAACAACAACAACAAAUAAUACUGUAGAAACUCAACAACCACAACAAGAAGAAUCAAUUAAACAAGAAAAUAAUGGCGAUCAACAAAUUCAAAUUGAAGAACCAACUUUAACUUCAACUUCUCCAUCUUCUCCAUCUUCUCAACCUACUCUAACCAAUGGUAGUAAAGUAGAAACAAGAGAUAUUGUUGUACCAUUACCAAAGUUACCAACAGAAGAAGGACUUUUACAAAGCGAUAAACCAUUGCCAAGUGAAUGGCGUACCAUCGAAGGUGAAUUUAUUGGAUUCAUUGCCAGCACUGUUUCUCACUUGUCGGCUGAUUUCAUUGCAUCACCAUUCGCUCACUACUCUGACGGUUUCAUUGAAAUGAUUCUCAUUAGACACAACCCCAAGAUCUCAAAGUUUGCCUUGGCCUCUAUUCUCACCGAUGCCGAGACAGGUAAGCACAUAGACAGUCCAUUCAUUGAGCAUUUCAAGGUCAAAUCAUUGGUACUUGAACCAGGUAAACUCGAACACCGUGAAGGUAUUCUCGCCGUUGACGGUGAAAGAGUACCCUAUGGAAAGACUUCAAUGGAAUGUAUUAGAGGUUGUAUCAACCUUGUUUGUAAAGCUGAAUAUUAA